GCGGGCCCCGCGGCGCGACGGGCAGGGCGGGCCUGCGCGGGCAGCAGCCCCUCCGCCCCACAGGCCGCGGCGCUAGCGGGCCCGCCGCGCUCCUGCCGCCUGCCCGGAGCGGCCCCCGGGCGCGGAGCCCAGAGGAGCCUCUCCUCGAGCCCCGACAUCCCAUCGCUGGAAGGCGCCGCCCUGCCCGGCGGGUAUUGCCGUGCGGCGCUUCCCCUGCGCCCGGCCUGAGUGGCCUCUUCUCAGAGCUGGUGUUGUGUUUUGUUUUGUUCAGGAUUUUUCUUCGGUUGUUUUGUGUUUGGGGGGAUUUUUUUUAUUUUUUUUUUCCGUUUCCCGCCCACCCUUAGCCACCUCCCUACUCGCCUCGCCGUGGGAUCGUGUUCAUGAUUGUGGAGGGGAAGGAAGCGCCAUGUCUGUACCCCCGGCCCCUCCUGGUCCGGGGGUGAUGGGGAGUUCCUCAGGUUGAAAGAAGAAAAGGAGACCAGCUUGUCCAGUGAAGAUGCACUCUUAGUCUUCAGCUAUUUAAGCUGAAUGCAUUGUGAUUUCCAAUAAUUGAGACAGUGAUUCUGAAAGCUGUCUACAUUAAUGAAAAGAACAAUGUAGUCAGCUUAACUGAAUCAUCAGUGUUGCAUAUUGAAUAGAACAUGAUAAACCAAUCCUGAUGGACUUAUGCAUGUUAGGAAUAUAGAGAUAAACAUUUAUUAAAGCAUUGUUUUUUCUUAAAACAGUAGUUUUAAAAAUGGAGAACUAUGAAAAUGUACCACCCCUCCCUAAAGAACCUGCAAGAGAAAUGAAUGUGGAGAAUCACACUUGUCGCCCACCUCUGCCGCCCAACGAACAGCCUCCACCACCUCCCCUGCAAACGUCCAGUGACGCAGAGGUAAUGGACGUUGGCUCUGGUGGUGAUGGACAGUCAGAUACCCCUGCUGGGGACACGCACAGUCUCUGCAGAACACAGCUGCUCACAAAGGGAUCUGCCUGCUACAAAAGUCGUCUUCUCAUAGACCCCAACAGCAGUGACCAAAGCCCGAGAACUGCUCGUCACGCACCGUCAGUUCGAAAGUUCACCCCAGAUCUUAAGUUACUGAAGGAUGUGAAGAUUAGUGUUAGCUUUACAGAGAGCUGCAAAAGCAAAGAUAGGAAAGUUCUGUACACUGGAGUUGAGCAGGAUUAUAAGGCAGAUACAGAGUUUGGUAUUAAUAAUGUCAAUGGGGAUUUGCAUGUUUGUCCUUUUGGUGGUAGUAAUGGUAAAGCUGUAGGGAUAGGGGGUGAAAGUGAUGACAAGAAGGAUGAUGAAAAUGAUAUUGAUCAGGAAAAGAGAGUGGAAUUUGCAGUUCUGGAUGAGCUAGAAGACUUUACCGACAAUUUGAUGGAAAUAGAUGAAGAAGGAGGAGGGUUCACAUCUAAAGCAAUCGUUCAAAGAGAUAAAGUGGAUGAAGAAACCUUGAAUUUCUCAUAUGAGGAUGACUUUGAUAAUGAUGUGGAUGCUUUGCUGGAAGAGGGUCUUCGAGCACCCAAAACAAGGAGACUAGAUAAUGAGAAAUACGGUGGUGAAAGUGAUCACCAGUCUGAUGGAGAGACAAGCGUGCAGCCAAUGAUGACCAAAAUUAAAACUGUACUGAAGAGUCGUGGCCGCCCUCCUACAGAACCUUUGCCAGAUGGAUGGAUCAUGACAUUCCAUAAUUCGGGCAUUCCUGUAUAUCUGCACAGAGAAUCUAGAGUUGUUACCUGGUCUAGACCUUAUUUUUUGGGAACAGGAAGCAUAAGGAAACAUGAUCCUCCCCUUAGUAGCAUUCCCUGCUUUCAUUACAAAAAAAUGAAGGAAAAUGAGGAAAGGGAACAAAACAAUGACAUAACCCCAAAUGGGGAAGUAUCACCUGUUAAGCAUCUAGAUAAAUCCUCAGAACUGGACUGCCAGACAGAAGAACCAGAUUCCACUGCUGCUGAUUCUGGGCCUUUAGAUGACAAAGACCCCUCUGGGGGAGAUGCAGCACAAGGAGCUUUGGGACAAGUUAAGGCCAAAGUUGAAGUAUGUAAAGAUGAAUCUGUAGAUCUGGAAGAUUUUAGACGCUAUCUUGAAAAGCGUUUUGACUUCGAACAAGUGACUGUGAAAAAAUUCCGGACCUGGGCUGAGCGACGCCAAUUCAACCGGGAGAUGAAGCGCAAGCAGGCAGAGUCGGAGCGGCCCAUCCUGCCGGCCAACCAGAAACUCAUCACCCUGUCUGUGCAGGAUGCACCUAUAAAGAAAGAGUUUGUCAUUAAUCCCAAUGGGAAGUCUGAAGUUUGCAUCUUGCAUGAAUAUAUGCAACGAGUCCUAAAGGUUCGACCUGUUUACAAUUUCUUUGAAUGUGAGAACCCAAGUGAACCUUUUGGAGCCUCAGUGAUUAUUGAUGGAGUAACUUAUGGGGCAGGAACUGCCAGCAGCAAAAAACUUGCCAAGAAUAAAGCUGCUCGAGCUACACUGGAAAUCCUUAUUCCUGACUUUGUUAAACAGACCUCUGAGGAGAAGCCCAAAGACAGUCAAGAACUUGAGUAUUUUAACCAUAUCAGUAUUGAGGACUCACGGGUAUAUGAACUCACCAGUAAAGCUGGACUCUUGUCUCCAUAUCAGAUUCUCCAUGAGUGCCUUAAAAGAAACCACGGAAUGGGUGAUACAUCCAUAAAGUUUGAAGUGAUUCCUGGGAAAAAUCAGAAGAGCGAAUAUGUCAUGACUUGUGGCAAGCACACAGUGAGAGGCUGGUGCAAAAAUAAAAGAGUGGGGAAGCAAUUGGCUUCUCAGAAAAUCCUUCAGCUACUGCAUCCACAUGUGAAAAACUGGGGCUCUCUCCUGCGAAUGUAUGGUAGAGAGAAUAGCAAGCUGGUUAAACAGGAAACCUCCGAUAGAAGUGUGAUAGAACUUCAGCAGUAUGCCAAAAAGAACAAGCCAAAUCUGCACAUCCUGAACAAGUUACAGGAAGAAAUGAAAAAACUGGCACAGGAAAGAGAGGAAACCCGAAAGAAACCCAAGAUGACAGUAGUGGAAUCAGCUCAACCUGGUAGUGAACCUCUCUGUACUGUUGAUGUUUAAUGAGAAAACGUGCAAGUGGGGAGCAAUAACACAAAUGGAGGAACUAGAUUUUCAACAAUUAUUUAAAAAUUGUUUGCUGCAGAAUGCAAGAUAACUUUUAAAAUCCAAGCUGCUUCAGUUAUGCAUUGUUCUUUUUGCAUCAUCAGGGCAAUAUUACUUUUUCCUAGUUUCUUUUUCAUUGGGUUUUUUUUCCUUGUUUAAUACCUCUGAGAUAUGUACGUUUAAAGAAUCGAUCAUAAAGAUCUCUACUGGGGCAAAUGCACAGAGGACAGGCAUGUUCACACAGGAUGAAACCAAUCAAGCACUUUCUCCUGGAAAGCCAUCCAUGUUGUUUGAAAUGGAUGUAUUUUAAGUAUGAAAUUCAGAAUAUCUGUGUACAGGUUGAAGCUGAUAUUAUAUAUAUACACAUUCAUAUAUAUGUAUAUAUAAAAGAAAUAUAUGUACAUCUUCUUGUAUGAACAUGCCUAAAACUAUUUUUGUGAAAAGUUUUGUUGCAUUUCAGCACAUAAUAAUAUGCACUGAUAAGACACUUUGGUGACAAAUACAGGAAAGUGAUGAGCAAUGUUUCUAAUGCCAUAGGAUUAGGCCAGUAACGCUGUUUCUUUCUGUUUUGUUUCUUGUCUCCUGCCAGGCUUAGUUAUUUGAGAUUAGAGGAUGCAGAUUUUGUUAUUACUUGAAAAGAACAAGAAUACCUGGUAGUGUUAGGAGUAACAGGUUGAAGAUUCAAAAUUACUGGGGUUUAUUUAAAAUUAAAAGAGCCUGUGUUAGUUUAUAGAUCAGUUGAACAGGGAAAAUAUAGCCCCACUUAUAUAAUUAAAAUAAAAACUGUAAUUUGAAAGGCUGUUUUCAAAGCUUGGAGCCAAAAUGCAGCUGAUGAUGGUUGAUAGUCUGAAAAUAUUUUGCCAAUGACUUUCCACUCCCUUUUCCCAGCAAUAAAACAAUUUCUCAUUUGUUUGGUGUCAGAUUGCAUCUGACUUUAUCAGUUAAGUCUUAAAUAAUUUUCACCAUAAAAGCAAAGACUUUAAAAAAAGAGUCAACACAACCCUUAAGUCUGACUGCAGCAAUUGAGUUUUUUUAAAGAAGUUUUUGUUUUUACUUUUUUAAAUUACAUUUUUAGUUUUUAAAGAAAGUGUGUAACUUCUUCAAUGAAAAUUAGAAUGUAGAUUUGGACUAUGACAUAGAGUAAUAAGUAGAAUGAAACCAUAACCGGUUAUACUCAUGAAUAAGAAAAUCACAAAUAUGCAACUACUCUAAAAUACAAUCCUGGCAAACAGGCAGUACUCACUGUGUCAUCUGAGGCUUUAUUAAGCCAAGCACAGAAAAAAUAGUGUGGCUGUGUGAAAGCGCUGCUUCGUGGGUUUCGUUCUUCACACGGGGUUUGCUGGGGGACUGCAGGAACUGUUCUCUCACAACCACGUUUUGGUUUGGUCUUAAAGAAGAGAGUGAAAGCCAAGCUGGUGGCAGAGCUGCAGUGACUUAUCCAGGAGCUGCACUGCUCCAUUUUAGCACUCCUCCUGCUCCUGCAGGGAAUGAAAGGUCAGUUCUCUGUACCUGCUGCAACUCCUGGUACUUACAUUGACAGGGAUCUGGGGGCUUGAGGGUUUGUUUUGUUUCUUGGGGUUUUUGUUGUUUUGUUUUGGUUUUUUUUGCUUGGUUUUAUUCUGAUUUUGGUGUGGUUUUGUUUUUUUAAUUUACCAUGUUACAUAGGGAGUGCUGCAGUAUAUUGAAUUUAGUGCCUACUGGAUUUUAAAAAUGUUGGCAUCAGUAUUGUAAGACCUCCUUUUAACAUCACACAUUACUUCAGAAAUAUGUGGAUUUUAAUUUAUAUUUCAAACUGAUGUUCUCUAAUGUGUUGCAUAUAAUGUUUGAGGUUAAACAGGAGGAGUCAUGGAGUCUUACCUGUUUCUGUGUUUAAAUUAUAUGCUUGGAGGUCUCUGCAAAUAUGAAUCCACCCAUUUUUUAUUAUUAUAUUUAGCUUUUUAGUUCCAUGAGUUGUAAUCCUGUUACAACAGGAUACGGGUAGUUGGAAGACAAUAUAUAAACUAUUAUUUAAAGAAGUGGCCUGUCUAAAAAAAAAAAAAAAAAAACUACAAAAAAAACCACUGCCUCUGCUUUUUUUUGUAUAGCUUUAAUAAAUCUCCAUCUUUUGAAGGGUAUAUAAUACUGGUGCAGUAGUGACAAGCAGCGAUUGCUGUUUGUCUCUUUUUGUUGUUUUUAUUGGGAUUUUUCUGUUUUCAUAAAGACAGGGCUUUUAUCUUCUAUGCCUAAAUGUAUUACCCUUAGAUAGGUUUUAUUUCAGCUUGUGUUUUCAGCAGAAAAAUCUGUACUUGGAUGGCACUGUAAAAGACAAAUCACCCUUGUAGAUCUUUUUUAUUUUUCUGAAAUCAGAAUGUCAAUGCAUUUGCAGGUCACCUGCAGAAUAUCCAUAGAUGCCUCACUUACCAAUUUGUUUUCAUUAAUUUUAAGAGGAUUGCUGUAUUACCUCAGUCUGCCACUAUCAGAAUCACAAGGUGACCAUUGCCCUUAAUUAAAACAUCCAGAGAUUUCAUUGUGAACCAAAGCCUAGAACGUAUAUUAUGCAUUCUAAACAAAACAAACAUAAAAAGAUGGUAUUAGACCUUGCUGCAGCCUUUAACUGGAGAGAUGUCCAGAAAAUAGCGCAAUAACUGCUGGAACAAACAACGUAACUGCUGUUUAUGUCAUUGUGAAGUAUUCUUGUGUUUUAAUGUUUACUAUUGUUUGGAGUGUAACAGUCUUGCAUUUGCACAUAAGCACGAGCUGCUGUGAUAGAGGAUAGAUCAUUGCAUUAACUUCAGCUUCUGCAUGAACACUUACAGUGUGAUUCAAGAUGUAUCCUAAACUUGUCUUGUAACUCUUGUGUGUUUUCUAGGUAAUCGGCUGUAAAGGUUUAGAUCUGAUUGUAUGAAUGCAUAAAACUGCUGCUUUUGUCACUGAUACUUGUUAUUUAUCCCUUCUAUAUCCAGGGGAAGAUGGGUAUUUUUAUAGGGAUGGAGUGUAUUUUUAAGAACUGUUCCAUCCUUUGGGGAUUAGACAGUUUUUGCUUUGCAUAUUAUGUGCUUCUCGACAAAAGUGUGGUAUAUUAAGGAUUAAAUUCGUGUGCAUUCAAAUCUUCAUGGUACUGACGGAAAACUUACUGUGACUUCCAGUGACUAGUCAGAUGCUACCUACUGAAACACCAGUCAUCAGCUUUUUUUAACAUAUUUAUUAGACAAAAUUGAUGAGUUAGUUGGGUACUCAGAACUUUGGAAAGACUAUUAUGCAUAAAAUUAACUGUUGUAUGUAAACUUCCAUUCUCCUGUGAUGCUGUUAGGCUUUAUACAAAUAUAUUUGUAACAUCCAAGUAUUUAAAAGCAUCGUAACUAUCUUAUUAAUUCACUAAACUGUACUUUGGUUCUGGAGUGAGAUUCAGGAAGUGAUAGCCUCCUAACUUUCUGUGGGAAGAAAUGUGAAAUGCAAGAAGCCAUGCUGUUAUUAACCAAAUAAAAUUAUCAAUGACAGUAUUUCAAUGUGUAUCUGAGAACAUGAGAAAACAAAACAAAGUUCAUCCUUAUUGCCCCAGCAGGUAACAAUGGUUGCUGUUUGAGUUGUGUUGGGUGCAGUUGCUUGGUGCCAGUGCUAAAUUGGUACAACUAUAAAGCCUCAUUUUCACUGAGCCUCUGCUUGCUUUUUUUCUGCACAAUCAUGUAAUCCUCUGUGUUCAGUCUUUGAGUACUACAUGUGUAUUUUUCAGACAAUUAGUUUCGAGCAAUAAAGUUUGAUAUUAUA